AUGGAAUUACGACGCACAUUAUUACUGAUCGAUGCUACUGUAUCAUUUUUCAUUGGUACACUGCUUUUUUUAACACCUUCACUUAUCGCCUACCUUAUUUUUAUUCACGAAACAGAUGGCGUUCAUUGGCAUUUACUUCGUUGUAUCGGUUGUCAACAAAUUGGCGCUGGUUUUCUCAUGUAUCGAUUGAGGAAUUCUUCGGUGGAAGCACUUUCAACUUGCUAUCUCGUUCAAAUUUUGAGUUUAGUAUCAAAACUUCUGGUUCUCGUACAUUGUUCGGCUGAAACACCAAAUUUAAUUCAUCCAAAUUAUCUGAUAAUCGCCAAAUAUUGGUGCUACAAUUGGUUAGCAGUGAAUUUUUGCCUUCAAACAGCUCAUCGAUGGACAUUAGGUGAAACGAUCAAUGCGAGCGUUAUGAGUAAUAUUUUAUUCCAGAUGGAUAGCGUUGUAUCUGUAAUUAUUGGUGCUGCAUGGCUUGCAUUCCCUGAAUGGUUAUUACAUCGUCAGGUUCUUGUACAUUUGGGUGAAUCACAUGAAUUUUGUGCACGACUUAUGGGUUGUGAUUUCUUGACCUCAUAUGUGGUCAGUAGUCAUGCGUUACAUUGGAAAAAAUCAAGAGAUCGUCUAGUGGUUAUUGAUACACGAUUUGUUAUUUGUACGCUAAUUUUAUUUGCACAAAUAUGGUCUCAAUAUGCAUAUUCGGAUCAUUGGAAUGUAAGUCAUUGGAUUGGAAUAUCAUUGAUCUCAUCAUGGACAAUUACUGCACUUUUACUACGUUAUCAUUCAACAAUGGAAAUAAAACGAGCAGAAGAAAAAACUAAAUUACAUUAA